GCCGUCCGCCUGGGGAGUGAGCGCCUGGGGGACAUCUGCCGGCUGGUGGCCGGUCCCUGCCGAGCUCCUGCUCCAGCCGGUGCCCGCGCGCGCCAUGGUGGACCUGCUGGGCGGGCGGCACCUGGUGACCCGCGAGGGCAAGGCGGUGGAGGCGGAGGCGGCGCUGCAGAACAAGGUGGUGGCCCUGUACUUCGCGGCGCGCCGCUGCGCGCCCAGCCGCGACUUCACGCCGCUGCUCGGCGAGUUCUACGCGGCGCUGGUGGGCGAGGCGCGGCGGCCCGCGCCCUUCGAGGUGGUCUUCGUGUCGGCGGACGGCAGCGCGCAGGAGAUGCUGGAGUUCAUGCGCGAGCUGCACGGAGACUGGCUGGCGCUGCCCUUCCACGACCCCUACCGGCAUGAACUGAAGAAGCUAUACAACAUCACUGCCAUCCCCAAGCUUGUGAUCGUGAAACAAAAUGGGGAGGUCAUCACCAACAAAGGGCGGAAGCAGAUCCGGGAGCGAGGGCUGGCCUGCUUCCAGGACUGGGUGGAGGUGGCCGACGUCUUCCAGAAUUUCUCAGGUUGAACAGAAGGGCCCUGGAGGGCUGGACAGGUGCAGCUCCUGGUAGUGUGAACACUGAAGAAAGAUGAACUCCUUUGUUUCCCCUUCCUGGGCAAAUUUUCAUUUUCUUUCAAAACAGAAGUGUAAACCAUGACAAAAUAAAUUUUGCUAAGGGGAAAAAAAAUAUCCUUCUCAUCCUGUGCCUAGCAGGGAUGCUCGUGUGUCUCCACUAAGCUCUCAGAAAUCUAUGCAAAUGUUUAUGUGUACAAACCCCUUCAGGAAAAAUGAUCUACUUAUUGAUAAAAAAUUUUGGUCAAUCUCAUUUUAAUAAUAUUCUUCUAUAACUAUAUUCAUUAAUCAGA